ACUGAAAACUACUACUACUAGUAAUAGGAUGAAAAGAGCACAGACGAAGCCAAUACAGUCAAAACCAGAGGCAAAUGGUAUCAAAUGCGAAUGCCCGCCUCAGCAACCGCCAAGGUUGGAGGUGAGUCCAACUGCACCGGCCGAAGAUUCCGGGAUCCGCGCAAACACAUCACCAUGAUCACGCUGGACCGGAGUAGGGCAAAACUCAAUUUGCAUCGAACCCAAGACAUAACACAGCUGUAUGCUUCUCCAGUCUUCGCGGCUUGAAGAGAAGCUAUCCGCUUGUAGAGCGACUCCGCGUGUUUGCCCAAACCACCAGUGGUAGAGAAUAUGGCCGGAACAAACGACGAAUGCUCUAUGUCGCGGACACGUUGCUCGUAGCGGCGCCGCUUCUCCUUCUCGUGCUUGGUGUAGCAGUGUUUUUUGUAGUCGAUCGAGUCAGCACGACGUCGACGGCAAUAGCAGCUGCGUGAGCUAGCUAUGGCCCUAGGCUAGCGCACGUACUUUAUUUUUACUUGUACUUGUAAAGUAUUCUAUAAUAAUUAUUACAACUUUGCCCCACUUACUUACGUACGUCACUGCAUGAAUGUAACGCUGCAAACAGCUAGCUUCCACCAGAAAAUAAAAUAAUUUUGUGGUCAAACUGGUCAUACAAUCAAACUAAUUACUUCAAAGCAUCUUGUCUGAGACCGUACUUAUUAUUUUGAUACGUACAACUUACUUACAAGUAGAAGACUCUGUGCUUUACCCUAAAUGACCUAAUCUCAGCGCUAGCGCUCCAGUCGUACUCAAAAGGCUGACGUCUGCACGAACUAGGCCAUAGCCUAGAGUCAUUCCAGGGCGGUAGACAAACGAUGGCAGCGGCGGGCACUGGGCCUCCAGCGGUUGCAAGCCAAACAAACGAAGGUGCAAGCGUUGUCAGAGCAGGCACAACAGCAAGAAAAGCGGCGGAGGUACCCAUCUUUCAAAAGCGGAACUGGCUUCUGUACCAGCACUAUGUGCGGCAGCAAUUCAAGGCAUGCUGGGAUCUGAUAAAGGUUAUAAAAGAAGAAACCAAGGCACAGUCCUGGUAUGCACAGUAUGUUGAAGCUAUGUUGUUCCGAUCCGAAGGCAAAGUCCAGCAAUCUCUUGAGGCUUUCCGCAAAGCAAGUCAACUGGACCCGAAGAGCGCAGAGACCAAGAAGCAGAUUGGCGUUUCACUGUUCUUGCUUGGCAGACACCAACUGGCUUUAGAUGCGUAUGCCGCGGCGGAAUCUCUCGUCAGUAGAGACUGGGAAAUCUAUCACAACAGAGCUCUCUGUCAUCUUUACCUGCAGCAGCCAGAUGAGGCAAGGGAGUUGUUCCUGAAGGCUAUACAGUAUAAUCAGGCUCUGGUGACUUUCAAGCAGCUUGGACGACUUUACGAGGAUCAGAAAGAUACAGCAAAGGCCACUGAAACUUAUGAACGUGGUCUUCAGCUAUAUCCAAACAACCCAGAGAUACUGACAAGACUUGGUAUGAUCUAUCUAGAGGAAGGACAGCAUACCUUAGCGUUUGACAUGCUUGGUACAGCGGUGAUGUUUGGUGGCAAAGGAGCAACGUCGGCCAUGUUGGCUUGCGGCAGCAUCAUGCAUGCAAUGGGUGAUGUGGAGCCGGCAAUGAACAAGUAUUCACGGAUUGGAGAAGUUGCGCCUGAGUCGCCACAGCUAUGGAACAACGUGGGAUUAUGCUUCUUCAAUCAAGAAAAGUGGCCGUUGUCAAUAGGUUGUCUAACACGAGCAAACUACCUGGCACCGAUGGACUGGAAGAUUGCCUACAACCUAGGACUUGUACAUCUGACUAUGCAGCAUGACACCACUGCAUUCCACUGUCUGAAAUCAGCCGUACGCCUGAACAGCAGCUCGUCAGAGACACUCAUGUUGCUAGCAAUUUGCAUGGUACGGCUGAAUGAGUUUUCCAAUGCUGAGAUAUGCUAUGAGAAAUGCACCACAACAUCGACCAACUAUCUGGCAUUCUUGAACUAUGCCACUUUCCUAGCACGGCAAAGGAGAAAAGAAGACUCCGAAAAGCAGUUGAACUCUUUCUACGAGUGUUGCGAGAAGCUUGGUCAGCAAAGGUGCAUGCUGACAGAAUCGAGUCUGAAUGCUUGUCAAACUCUUGCAAAACUACUUGGUGUCAGCAAGACUGCACCACAAUUUCGUGUGAAGAGAAGAGAUAAGAAGGCAGCAGCAGCAGCAAGUACAGAGGAUCGUUCUCGUCGCACAAGCGGACAGCCAGUGUGAGCGGACAGCCACUAAAUGCUGGAAGCUGCAGUGCCAUACCACACAAGAUGACCCUUGCAGUCUUACAAUAGUGUGUGCUAAAUGGAAAUGAGUAUUGAGAACUAAGCUACUUUCCUACCUACCUAAAGAUGUACUGUGUAUCUAUGUUACUUUAACAGCUGUUUUUGAAAUGCCAUAGUAUGAAUCAAAUGUGCAGGUAUGUAUGUGUAUUGAAUAAUAAUAUGCAUAUCACCCAUCAUAGAUACUAGAAAAGAACAAAUUUGUACCUAUAAUUUGUAAAUGUUAUUGACAACAAAUGCAGCUCUGCCUGCAAGCCAUAACUCACUGAGAGCUAUUCUUCUAUUCCUCUGCAUCCUGUAGCUCAACUUCCUUCAUAUAGCGUACUUUCAACUGCUGCAGAUAAGUCUGCAGACUUUCUGGA